AUGGAGGCGGAUGGGGCCGGCGAGCAGAUGAGACCGCUACUCACCCGGGUAACGAGCAGGGGUCCUGAUGAGGAAGCUGUUGUGGAUCUUGGCAAAACCAGCUCAACUGUGAAUACCAAGUUUGAAAAAGAAGAACUAGAAAGUCAUCGAGCAGUAUAUAUUGGUGUUCAUGUUCCUUUUAGUAAAGAGAGUCGUCGGCGUCAUAGACAUCGUGGACAUAAGCAUCACCACCGUAGAAGAAGAGAUAAAGAAUCAGAUAAAGAAGAUGGACGGGAAUCUCCUUCUUACGACACACCCUCCCAGAGAGUUCAGUUUAUCCUUGGUACUGAAGAUGAUGACGAAGAGCACAUUCCCCAUGAUCUCUUCACGGAAAUGGAUGAGCUGUGUUACAGAGAUGGAGAAGACUAUGAAUGGAAAGAAACUGCCAGGUGGCUGAAAUUUGAAGAGGAUGUUGAAGAUGGAGGUGACCGAUGGAGUAAACCUUAUGUGGCAACUCUAUCUUUGCACAGCCUUUUUGAACUGAGGAGUUGUAUCCUAAAUGGAACAGUCAUGCUGGAUAUGAGAGCAAGCACUCUAGAUGAAAUAGCAGAUAUGGUGUUGGACAACAUGAUAGCCUCUGGCCAAUUAGAUGAGUCUAUAAGAGAGAAUGUCAGAGAAGCUCUUCUGAAGAGACAUCAUCAUCAGAAUGAGAAAAGAUUCACCAGUCGGAUUCCCCUUGUUCGAUCUUUUGCAGAUAUAGGCAAGAAACAUUCUGACCCUCACUUACUUGAGAGGAAUGGGGAAGGCCUUUCAGCCUCCCGCCACUCUUUGCGAACAGGUCUGUCUGCCUCAAACCUUUCACUGAGAGGAGAAUCGCCUUUAUCUCUUCUUCUCAGUCAUCUUCUUCCUGCUUCAAGAGCUGGAACCCCUGCAGGCUCAAGGUCUACCACCCCUGUACCCACCCCUCAAAACAGCCCUCCCUCCAGCCCUAGCAUCAGUCGCCUGACCUCCAGAAGCUCCCAGCAGAGUCAGCUUCAGGCCCCAGAACUACUGGUUUCACCUGCUAGUGAUGAUAUUCCCACAGUAGUAAUUCAUCCGCCUGAGGAAGACUUAGAAGCUCUGAAAGGCCAGGAGCAGAAGAAUGAGGAAAAUAUUGACAUAACUCCAGGUGUUUUGGCUUCUCCCCAGUCUGCGCCAGGAAACUUGGACAAUAGUAAAAGUGGAGAAAUUAAAGGUAAUGGAACUGGAGGAAGCAGAGAAAAUAGUACUGUUGACUUCAGCAAGGUUGACAUGAAUUUUAUGAGAAAAAUUCCCACGGGAGCAGAAGCAUCUAAUGUUCUGGUGGGAGAAGUAGACUUUUUAGAAAGACCUAUAAUUGCAUUUGUGAGACUGGCUCCUGCUGUCCUCCUCUCAGGGUUGACUGAGGUCCCUGUUCCUACAAGGUUUUUGUUUCUGUUACUGGGUCCAGCAGGCAAGGCACCACAGUACCAUGAAAUUGGAAGAUCAAUAGCCACUCUCAUGACUGAUGAGAUUUUUCAUGAUGUAGCUUAUAAAGCAAAAGAUAGAAAUGACCUCUUAUCUGGGAUUGAUGAAUUUUUAGAUCAAGUAACUGUCCUUCCUCCAGGAGAAUGGGAUCCUUCUAUACGCAUUGAGCCACCAAAAAGUGUUCCUUCUCAGGAAAAGAGAAAGAUUCCUGUAUUUCCCAAUGGAUCUGCCCCCACUUCGAGUGAUACUCCCAAAGAGGCUGCUCAUCAUGCCGGGCCUGAGCUCCAGAGGACUGGAAGGCUUUUUGGUGGUUUGAUACUUGACAUCAAAAGGAAAGCACCUUUUUUCUUGAGUGACUUCAAGGAUGCAUUAAGCCUGCAGUGCCUGGCCUCGAUUCUUUUCCUAUACUGUGCCUGUAUGUCUCCUGUAAUCACUUUUGGAGGGCUGCUUGGAGAAGCCACAGAAGGCAGAAUAAGUGCAAUAGAAUCUCUUUUUGGAGCAUCAUUAACUGGGAUUGCCUAUUCAUUGUUUGCUGGGCAACCUCUUACAAUAUUGGGCAGCACAGGUCCAGUUCUAGUAUUUGAAAAAAUUUUAUUUAAAUUUUGCAGAGAUUAUCACCUUUCCUAUCUGUCUUUGCGAACAAGUAUUGGUCUGUGGACUUCUUUUUUGUGCAUUGUUUUGGUUGCAACAGAUGCAAGCAGCCUUGUGUGUUAUAUUACUCGAUUUACAGAGGAGGCUUUUGCAGCUCUCAUAUGCAUCAUAUUUAUCUAUGAGGCUUUGGAGAAGAUCUUUCAUUUAGGAGAAAUAUAUGCAUUUAAUAUGCACAACAACCUAGAUGAAUUGACCACCUAUUCAUGUGUAUGUAUUGAACCUCCUAACCCUAGCAAUGAAACUCUGGAGCUGUGGAAGGCAAAGCAUAUAGCAGCACAUAACAUUUCUUGGGGAAACCUCACUGUUUCUGAAUGUAAAUCCUUUCAUGGUACAUUUGUAGGAUCAGCUUGUAGUCUUCAUGGACCUUAUAUUCCAGAUGUACUCUUUUGGUGUGUCAUCUUAUUUUUUACAACAUUUUUUCUGUCUUCAUUCCUCAAGCAAUUUAAGACCAAGCGUUAUUUUCCUACCAAGGUGCGAUCGACAAUCAGUGACUUUGCUGUAUUUCUCACAAUAGUGAUAAUGGUUGCAAUUGACUACCUUGUAGGAGUUCCAUCUCCUAAACUUCAUGUUCCUGAAAAGUUUGAGCCUACUUAUCCAAAUAGAGGCUGGAUCAUAAGCCCAUUGGGAGAAAAUCCUUGGUGGACCUUAUUAAUAGCUGCUAUUCCAGCGCUGCUUUGUACCAUUCUCAUUUUUAUGGAUCAACAGAUUACAGCUGUGAUCAUAAACAGAAAGGAGCACAAAUUGAAGAAAGGAGCUGGUUAUCACCUUGAUUUGCUCAUGGUUGGUGUUAUGUUGGGAGUUUGCUCUGUCAUGGGACUUCCAUGGUUUGUGGCUGCAACAGUGUUGUCAAUAAGUCAUGUCAACAGCUUAAAGGUUGAAUCUGAAUGUUCUGCUCCAGGGGAACAACCCAAGUUUUUGGGAAUUCGUGAACAGAGAGUCACAGGACUCGUGAUUUUUGUUCUAAUGGGCCUCUCUGUGUUCAUGACUUCAGUACUAAAGUUUAUUCCCAUGCCUGUUCUGUAUGGUGUUUUCCUUUAUAUGGGAGUUUCUUCUUUAAAAGGAAUCCAGUUUUUUGACCGCAUAAAAUUAUUUGGAAUGCCUGCUAAGCAUCAGCCUGAUCUGAUAUACCUCCGAUAUGUGCCUCUUUGGAAGGUCCAUGUUUUCACAGUCAUUCAGCUCACUUGCCUGGUUCUUCUGUGGGUGAUAAAAGCGUCAUCUGCUGCAGUAGUUUUCCCCAUGAUGGUUCUUGCAUUAGUCUUUGUACGUAAGCUCAUGGACCUGUGUUUCACAAAAAGAGAACUUAGUUGGCUUGAUGAUCUCAUGCCAGAAAGUAAGAAAAAGAAAGAAGAUGAUAAAAAGAAAAAAGAGAAAGAGGAAGCUGAACGAAUGCUUCAGGCUGAUGAUGGUGAUACUGUGCACCUUCCAUUUGAAGGGAGAAGUCUCUUGCAAAUUCCAGUUAAGGCCCUAAAUUACAGUGUUGAUCCCUCAGUUGUUAACAUAUCAGAUGAAAUGGCCAAAACUGCACAGUGGAAGGCUCUUUCCAUGAAUACUGAGAAUGUCAGAGUAACCAGAUCUAACACGAGCUCUGAAAAACCUGUGAGUGUGAAAAUAAAUUUUGAAGAUGAACCAACAAAAAGAUACAUGGAUGCUGAAACUUCAUUAUAGAAUUGAACCAAGAGGAAUUCUAUAUAUCUAUAUAUA